UGAAACUGUGUGCGAACGCCUCAAACGUGUCAAAAAAGAAGCAGUCAGUUUGUUGAGAAGGUUGAAUUUUUUUCCUACCCGUCUUAUAUUUUUUUGGCUACAGUUGGAAGUGCAAGUGAGAUUCGUAGUUCUUGGAAUAUUUUUCCGGUACAAUCGAGGAAACGGUCGAGUGUGAAGUUGCGAUUUCGGGAGUGUUUCGUGCAACGGUUUGGUGUUCAGGUUUGGUGCUUUUUCCCUCGGAACCACUGUCGUUUAUUGAAAGCUGUGGUAAAGGCAGCAGAAAAUGCAAUCGCCAUUUUUGGACGGGUUCACGCAAUCUUGUUUGAGGAAAUUCAGUGACAGAUUUUAGCAUUUUCGGAACUGAGGACUAUUCCGGAGUGAAUUCAAGCAAGUGGUACCGAUUUUUGAUUCCACCCUGUAUGGAAAGUUAAACGUGAAGCUAAAUUGAAGAAAGAAAAUAUUGCGGUGAAAAUUGUAUAAAAUAAGAAAAAAAUCUUAAUAAUGUUAGUGCUAUGAGGUGUACUAGUGGUCCAUAACCUAGAAGCAAAUUGAAAAUAGUUCUUCCUCCAGUGCAAAGUGUCGUGUGCGUAUACGAAGAAAAUCACCCCAUCCGCAAUGAGUCGUAAUCGCGCCAAAGGUGGCGCAACGACGUCCGUAUCCAAAAAACACCACGAGGAAUAUUUCUCUGCCUCUUCUUCCGCCUCCUCUGCUGUAGUUCAUCAAAGCCUGAUCAAAGAUUUGAAGAUUUCGUCCGGUCACAGCAGUGGUGGCAAUAGCAGUAACAGCAGCAGCAGCAGCAGUAAACACUCCUCACGGCAUCAGCAUCGUUCGCUGAAAACGGAUUAUACGGGGUACUACGAUAACAUGAAAUACUAUCCGCAGCAGUCGGCCGAACAGAAGCGUAAAGGUGCUUGCGAUUCCAUCGAGCCGCCAGAGCUGAUCAAUCUAAUUGUGGCGGAUCAGCAGCGGAAACUGUUGCAGCAGGCCGCUGCAAAAAAGAAGCUGCAGGAACAGCACACAGCUGUGAGCAGCAGUAGCCACAGCAGCAGUCACAACAGUAAGUAUCACCAGGUUCGGGAAGCAGCGGUUAUCAUCGAAUCGGAAGAAUCGGAUAACGGUGCCGCUGCUAGUGGAAACGAUAGUGGUAGCGAUGAGGAAACGACGCAUACUCAUCGGGCUCACCUCAAUAAGCAACAUCAGCAGCAGCAGCAGCAAAUGCAUGAGAACGGUGCCGAUCAUGAGGAGGAUGACGGAGAGGAAGAUGACGAUCAGGAGGAGGACGAGGAGGAAGAAGAAAUGCAGAAGCUGCCAGAUUCGCCGAAAAAGCGAAACGAGAAAAGCAGCAGCAGUGUCAUCUAUAACGGAACCAUCAUCGAUAAGGAUGGGCUGGAAAUGAUCAAGAUCUCCACUAUCAACACCAAAGUCAAACUCUGCGAGGAGGAUACUGUCACCAUAGAUGACUUUAAGCUACUCAAGGUUCUCGGAACCGGUGCUUACGGAAAAGUAUUUCUGGUUCGGAAACUGGGAGGCGUCGACCACAACAAACUGUAUGCGAUGAAGGUGCUGAAGAAGUCUACAAUCUGUCAGAAGAAAAAGACAGCCGAACAUACAAAAACUGAGCGGCAGGUCCUAGAAUCAAUCAAACGAUCACCUUUUCUGGUGACGAUGCACUACGCUUUCCAGACGGAUUCCAAGUUGCACAUCAUCCUUGAUUAUGUGAGUGGCGGUGAAUUGUUCACACAUCUGUACAACAAGGAACAUUUCACCGAAGAUGAGGUUCGGAUUUAUAUAGCGGAGAUAAUUGUUGCUCUGGAACAACUUCAUAAGUUGGGAAUCAUCUAUCGUGACAUUAAGCUGGAAAACAUAUUAAUCGAUUCCGAUGGUCACAUCGUGCUGACCGAUUUUGGUCUCUCAAGGGAGCUGGUAUAUGAGAAUGAGCGGGCACACAGCUUCUGUGGCACCAUCGAGUACAUGGCACCGGAGAUUGUGAAAUCCAACCAAAACGGACACGACUCGUCCGUCGAUUGGUGGUCGGUAGGUGUACUGACGUUUGAGCUGCUGACCGGCAGCUCACCGUUCAGCUCAGAAGAACCCGCCACCCAAUCGGAAAUAUCGAAGAAAAUCACAAACACCGAGGCGAUAAUCCCUGAUCAUCUUUCGCGUGAAGCAAAAGAUUUCAUCCGGAAACUGCUGGUGAAGGAUCCCCGGCGGCGAUUGGGCGGUGGUACGGCGGAUGCUUCGGAACUGAAAUCACACAGCUUCUUUAAAUCGAUCAACUGGCGACUUUUGGCAGAAAAAAAGAUUGCAGCACCAUUCAAACCGGUGAUCGAGGAUGAGCUGGAUACGAAUAAUUUCAGCGAUGAGUUCACGCGGCAAACACCGGUCGAUACGCCGGCGUCGGCUCCACCGAAUUCGGAGCGGCUGUUCCGAGGUUAUUCAUACGUUUCACCUAGUUUACUGUCGAGUAAAGUCGUCGAUAGAAACAAGUACAUGAGAAAUAAGAAUACUAGACCGAGUGAAGCUGCUGUUCGGCGAUAUGUUAGCAAGAGCUCCCCGUUCCACAAAAAGUACGAACUAACGGCCGACCAAUCCAUUGGCGAUGGGAUCUUCUCAGUGUGCUUCAAGUGCCGCCGGCUAUCUUCAUCUUCCGCCAGCAAUAGCAGCAACAACGGUCACAAUAGUAAUAGUAGCAGUAGUAAUAGUAGUAGCAGUAACAACUACUACGCAGUAAAAGUACUCUUCAAUCACCCGGAGACGGCUGGGUACGCGAGGCAAGAAAUUGAAGCCCUUAAAGCCUGCCAAGGUCACGCCAACGUAGUUAAAUUCGUUGAAGUCCUGAAGGACUCCCAUCACAUCUACAUAGUGCUGGAACUGUUGGAGGGAAGCGAGCUGCUGCAUCGGAUAAACCAGAACAAAAGUUUUACUGAAAGCCAAGCGCGCCAUUACUUCCGUCAGAUGGUGCAGGCGGUUGCCUUCAUGCACCAGAAGGGCUUUGCCCACUGUGAUCUCAAACCGGAGAACGUACUGUUCGAAGCACCUCAUUCGGAGCAUUUGAAGCUGAUAGAUUUUGGUUUCGCGAAAAGUAUAGAGAAUAACAACUGUCUGACUUCAUCGCCGAACGCUGGAACGCUCGGCUAUUCUGCACCGGAGGUGUUCGACGGUCGAUCGUAUGCGCUGGAAUCGAGCGACCUCUGGUCCCUAGGAGUGAUACUGUAUACCAUGCUAUGUGGACAGGCUCCGUUUACUCCGCGGCAAUUUUUCGGUCACGCGAAUCUCGCUUCAUCCGCCAAACAGAUGGAGAUAAUUAUAGGUAAAAUUCGUCGAGGUUCGUUCGAUUUGGCGUCCUCGGCAUGGGUAUGUGUAAGUGAAGAGGCCAAAGACUUAGUGAAACGCUUGCUAACGGUGGAUCCGGACAGGCGAAUAACGAUGGAGCUACUGCUAGUGCACGAGUGGCUCGAUUUGAAUCGAACUGCGGGCGUGCGAAGACAGCUGAAAAUGGUAUAUCCGCAGCAGAGCUUGCGGCGGCUGGAAGCAAACGUGAAAAAUACGUACGACGCAUUUAAACGAGCCGAGGAGGAAGGAUUCCGACUGCGGGAAGUCAGCCGAGCGAACACGAAUCAGCGGCGUACGAAUGGAACCAAGUCCAAAAAGUCAACCGAGAGCCAAUACAGCAGUUCUAUGGAGGAAAGCACGUCCAGUGGUAUUGGUCGAAGUAAGUCCAGCAAGAGCAGCUCGAUAUCAGACCACAACCAGCGAACAGCAAGUGUUUCGACCAAUAACUCUGAAGUGGUAGUGAUAGAUGAGGCGGAUAGCGACGAUCGCUGUGAACAGGAAGAACUGCAAAAAGAGUCGAAGCAGGCAGGCGGGGCCGAGAGCAAUAAUAACGAGGUGAACAAGAUGGAAUCGGAUGCUGCGGAGGAUGCGGAUGAGGAAAACGACGAACAAGACGAAGAAGAAGAUGGGGAAAUAGACGAAUUUUUGGUGGACCAAAUUUUACAGGAUGUUGAAGAUGUUGUUGAGGAAGAAGUACGGAAAAAGGAAAUCGAGCAACGGCCCGAGAUGAAUGUGCGGAGAAGUGGAUCGUGCAGUAGUGAAACAAGUAGCGCAACUGUUCCGUUAAUACUCGAAGAAAUUACCGGACGACAGAAGGAAAGCCUUCUUCCCGCUGUUGUCAUUCAAGAGGAAGUAGAAUCGGCCGAGUUGGACGAAUCGAUUGAACGCGACAUUUCCUCCUGCUCGGAAGAAUCACUAUUUGCGGGAACUCGAGCAUCAAUUGAUGUCGAAAAGAUCGAGUUUGGAUUUGAAUUCGAUGAAGUUUAUUAUUUCAGCGGGUUCGAGGAAGCCGAUAUGUUGUAUCCAAACCCGCCGGCCACCGACGUGCUCAGUUAUACCCUGAAUCCACUGCGGAAUCUGCGUAAACGAAGACCCACGAUAAACAGCGCCACUAUUCAAAGACCCAAACGGGUGCGACAUGUUGUGAGCUAUGCGUACUAGGUAUUCUUCUUACCUACUCGAUUGUCGUUCUUCGCAUAGUUGUCACGUGUAUAUAUAGAAAAUGCCGUACAAUAUGGGGCACCUAUGCGUAUCACGGCAGGCUAUCGGGAUCAGUCAUUAAAUCAAUCUUUCCUACGGGCUCUUCUGUGUGGAUUUUAUGCAACAUUAAACAUAAAUUUCUUUUACCAUAUAUUUUUACAAACACCUAUCUCUUGAAGUAAAGAGACACUUAGGUGUUAAGACAAAAAAAAACAGACCAUUAAGUGCACUUAUUAGACUUGUUACAACUGUACAAUACAUACCAUUUAGAGAUCAGAAAAAAAAACGUUAAAUCUAAAUUGUAGCUUAUAGAGCGGAUUACCAAUUGAAUUUAACGAGCACACAAACACAUACAAACCAUAAGUAAAUAAUGCAAUAGAGGGUGGCGACAAUCGAAGAGCAUAAUUAUAGGAAAAAAGGAACAACUAAACUUAUUCGGUUUCUUGCUUGUCACUAUCGUAGAGUGUCCGUACCUCCUCCGUAGGUUGGAAAGAGCAGCAUAACAGGACAUACCGAUGUGAAAUAAAUCUUUAUACUUGUACCAAUAGUUGAAUCAUUACUGUCGGAGCCAGAGCUGCAAAUUUUCAACAGGUUGAUUUGAACUUGAAGGAGGAACAAAUCUCAAAUUAUGCCCUGCUAUGUUCAAUUCGCAUUUGUUUGUUCGCAUCAUCUUUUCAAACAGGCGUGCUGCUCAAUCAUUUUCCAUUCAUUUUCAAUUUUAUUGACCCUGUGAAUAUCUCUCCACUGGUGACCAGGUUUUUCAAGCAAAACUACUCUGAACUUAAUUCUUACUGUUCAUUUAAGCUUGAAAACGAAAAACAUGUCAACAUUUAAUCUAAACUGGCCUCUACAGAGCAGAUGACAGCUUUGGUUGGUGAAUGAAAAAGCAUCAAUUUGAAAAGAAGUAAAACGGUUUAGCCAUGAAAAUCCCGCCUUGAACUUGAUAGUGAAUAAUUAAGGGAGGCUUUGGAUUUGAAUCACGGUUGGGAUGAAUUGAACUAAAGGUUGGCAUUUGAAAAUUUGCAUCACUGGUCGGAGCUUCUUUUUAGGACGGAAAUUUACCACGUUCAGCAGGUCGGUGUUAAGUCAGACCGGACUAAGUGACAAAAUAUUAAUAUCGAGAAAAAUGAGUUUAAAGUACCCUUUACAUUAUAAUUGAAAAUUAAUUUUUGCCAUAAUUCUUGUUUAUUGUUACAUAUUUCAAAUCUGGCAAAUGUUGAAUGUAGGUGACGAAAUUCUUUAUCCAGUGAUAUCAUUAUCUCAUUUCUUGAUGUUUUGCGACUUAGUCCGGUCUGACUUAACACCGACCAACUGUACUUGGAAUGCUUUUUUAAGUAAUUUCAAUCAAGCGAGGGUACAGUAAAACCAGUUAGUUAAAAUGAGCAUUCUAUUCAAACUUUUCAGUAUAGAAUGAAGUACAAGCGUUAUGCUCUCACGGUGAAUGUGUUUAAGGACGAUUCUGACAUAUUAUAUUAAUCUUUUUGGUAUACUCCGUUCAUCGAAGAGAUAUAGUUAACUGAUUCAAGGAGAAUUCGAUAAUGAUAAUGGAUGCAAUAAUGGUGUUAAUAGCGAUUCACACUUUUUUGGUCAUCUACUAAAAAGUAGUCACCCCAACGAUAUCUAUUCCUUUUUUCUUGGACUACAUUGUAUCGUUCCUUUUCUGUCCAUAAUCGCAAGUCAAUUCCAUGUUGUACGGGAUCCCCUAGCUACAUGUGACUGACUUGCGAAUUUAUCAGCUCUUCAAGUGUUGUUUCUCCGAAUGCACUUGUUGAAAAAAUACUUUUUGCGCUACUAUGCAGUAAGGCUGAUAUUACAGGUUGUAUCCUAGAAGUUUUGUCCCUACUGGUCGCAAUGUUUUCAGCUUUUUACAUGCCAUAAUGGCGGUCAUCGAUGCUCGUCUUGAGAACUGCUGGACCAGGACUAAAGCAGCCAUAAGCAGCACUGCGGAGAGCGUCCUGGGAUACGUACAGAGGAGUCGACGGAACGAUUGGUUCGAUGGCGAGUGCCAAGAGAUAUUGGACGAGAAGCCACUCGGUAGAACGUGGAGUCAUAUCGACGGAAGCGAAAACAGCAGACUCGUCUUUUUCAGGACAAAAAGCGCCGCUUGGAAGAGUCUCAGAGAUAGGAGAUGGAGCUGCUGUAUCGCUCUCAGGAAACGCGGGCGUUCUUCAAGAAGCUGAAUGACUCUCGCAACGGUUUUGUGCCGCGAUCCGAAAUGUGCAGAGACAAGGAAGGCAUCUUGACGGACGAACGUGAGGUGGUCGAAAGGUGGAGGCAGUACUACAAUGAACAUAUGAAUGGUGCGCAGGCCGACAAUCGGGCGUUCGAGGAGGACGAUUAUGUCAGUGUCGCAGCUGACGGGAUGUACCGGUGCCCACUAUGAAUGAGGUUAACGAGGCUAUUCAACAGCUCAAGAACAACAAGGCAGUUGGUAAGGAUGGUCUAGGAGCGGAACUCUUCAAGGUGGGUCCGGAGAAACUGGCGGAAUGCAUGCACCGAAUAAUCGAAAGAAUCUGGGACAGGGAACAGCUACCGGAGGAGUGGAAGGAACGGGUCAUCACCCCGAUAUACAAGAAAGGCGACAAAUUGGACUGUGAAAACUACAGAGCGAUCACAGUGACAAAUGCCUCUUACAAAGUGCUAUCCCAGAUUCUGUUCCGGCGCCUAUCACCGCUGGUAAAUGGAUUUGUCGGGAGUUGUCAGGCCGGUUUCAUCAACGGCAGAUCAAAUCCUCCAAAAAUGCCGUGAAUACCAGGUCCCGACACAUCACCUGUUCAUCGACUUUAAAGCCGCAUAUGACACGGUGGACCGUGUGGAGCUAUGGAAAAUGAUGGAUGAGAACGGCUUCCCUGGGAAGCUGAUAAGACUAAUUAAGGCUACAAUGGAUGGUGUAAGGUGUUGUGUCAAAAUUUCAGCCUCUCGGGUCCGUUUGAAACACGCAGGGGACUAAGACAAGGCGAUGGGUUGUCCUGCCUGCUGUUCAAUAUAGCGCUGGAAGGUGUAAUGCGAAGAGCGGGGUUCAACAUGCGGGGCACGAUUUUCACGAGGUUCGGACAGUACGUGUGCUUCGCUGACGACGUGGACAUAAUCGGUAGAAACAAGGAAACAAUAGCAGAUCUGUAUACCCGACUGAAGCGCGAAGCAGAACGAGUAGGACUGAAGAUAAAUGUGUCUAAGACGAAGUACAUGCUGGCUGGCGGAACCAAUCGCGAUAGGGAGCGCUUGGGCAGUAGUAUCACGAUCGACGGCGACGAGUUCAAAGUGGUUGACGAGUUCAUCUAUCUAGGCUCAUUGGUGACAAUAACACCAGUCGGGAGAUCAGAAGGCGUAUUAUCUCUGGAAGUCGUGCUUACUAUGGGCUCCACAAAACUUUGAGAUCAAGGAAGCUUCACCACCGCACGAAAUGCGCCAUGUACAACACACUGAUUAGACCGGUGGUUCUCUACGGGCACGAGUCGUGGACAAUGCUCGAGGAGGAUCUGAAAGCACUCGAAGUCUUCGAAAGAAUGGUGCUGAGAACGAUCUUCGGCGGUGUGCAGGAGGAUGGCGUGUGGAUGAGAAGGAUGAACCACGAACUUGCGCGACUCUAUGGUGAGCCAAGUAUCCGGAAAGUAGCUCAAGCUCGAAGGGUACGGUGGGCAGGGCAUGUUGCGAGGAUGCCGGACAACAACCCCACCAAGUUGGUUUUCACCUCUAACCCGGAGGGUACAAGACGGAGAGGAGCGCAGCGUUCCCGGUGGCUGAACCUAGUGGAGCAGAACCUGGCGAGUAUCAGGCACCUGAGAGGUUGGAGACAAGCAGCAACUGACCGAGUGACGUGGCGGAAUAUUGUGGAACAGAUUAAAUCAUGUUAAUAUGAUGUAUACUCAGGAAAUAAUAUAAUGGCGGUCUAAAUUGUUCAGUUUGUAAUAUGCUUAAUUGCCCUUUUUUGAAAAUAAUCGUUUACGACAGCUUGACAGUAUUGUCCAGUUGAAGAUGCCGGGCGUUCAUUGAAUAAACAUCCAACGCAUUGGAAUAACGUAAGAUGACUUAAUUUCACUGGGCGGUUGACGUAAACGAUUAUUGUCAAAAAUGGGCCAUUAAACGUAUUACGAACUGAAUAAUUUAGACCGCCACGUAAAAAGCUGGAUUCGAACAGAACACCUGUCAAUUGAUUUGACGUCACAAAUGAGUCGGAUUUGACUAUGACUAUUUUGACGCUUGAUUUGGACCCAUCUAUUGUCAUACGCAUCAACCUCAACCAGUUUUGUCGGUAAGCGAUGCUCAAAAGUUAUCUGCAACAGUUUGUUUCGAUUCACUGAAUCGUACGCUGGCUGGAAAUCUACAAACAGAAGGUAUUGAUAUCCGUUGCAUCGGUCGCUCAUCAUGGUACGUGAGUUGGGGUGAUUUUGAAUUUCACGAGGUUGAUAGACUGGUACUGGGUGCCAUCGAAGCAAAACGCUGCAGAUCUGUUCACCAAAUGGGGGGUGUAAUCAUCCAUUACAGAACGAUGCGGAAUUGAAGAUCGAUUCAUAUUUUCUGUAUCAAUCGCACGAUCAGUGACCAUGAAGCAUGCUAUGACAUACGGUGGUCAAUUCUGUUGUUUCUCAAUGGAUAAAGCUGGUAGAAGUGACGGCAAAGCUCGUGCCGAAGGUGUACUGAGACUACGAGGCAGGUUGGAAAAGAACGAGUCAAUCCCGUUCGAUAAAAGGUAUCCGGUAGAUCUGCCCAGGAAGUCCGAGAUAACGAAAAAGCUGACCCUGCAUAUUUCUGAGAUAUACGACCAUGUGAAUCGUGAAACCGUCUUCAAUAAAUUAUGACAAGUUCUGGAUACCAAAUGCACGCUGUGCAAGACAGCAAGUGACGAAAGAAUGCGUCUGGGGCAAAAUGAAUUGCUGUGUGCCUCGCAUUUCAACGAUGACACCUCUGCCGUAUCAACGCAUCACGUCUCCCUUGCCACUCCUUAGUUGAUUAGCUGGGUCCUGAAGAGAUCACGAUGGGACGUAGGAAGAAGAAAAGAUGGGUUGCGAUCUUCUCGUGUAUGCCGAAAAGAGCUUAUACACCGGGAGGUAUUCCACAGCUUGACCACGUAAUCUAGCUUUAAGGUAAUCAGGAACAUGCAAGCGAGGAGCUACUGAACAUUUUUGUGGUAACUACGAGUACCUUUCAAUAUUGAGGCCCAUUUUCAAAAUUACAAAAUAGCAGGUAGAGUUUUUGAAUGCUAGUAACUUACAUUGUACUGAACGGAAUUAUACCGUGUUUGUUUUCUACUAUUCGUUGCUUGGGUUUUGAACGAGCAACAUACGGAUUGGAAUACACCCGCUUUCUAGCCGCGCGCAAAAUUUAUUGAGUGCACUUCACUCUGGCAUACUGCCGCUAUACGCAUAACUGUCCCAUGUUCAAUGGGAUUCCCUAUACAUAUGGGACAAUUCUGCGCAGUAUAUGAGGUUAAACUUUACGCACCCAAACGGUUGGGGUGGUAAAGGGAGGUAAUAUAUAGGGUCCCGCAUGUUCGUUCUCUACCAUUCGUUGCUUUGGCAUCGUACAAGCAACAUAUAGAUUGAAACUUGUGGACGAUACAAAUAAAAGAUGAGGAGGGACUCCUGAUUUUUUUGCUACGUAACAGACCGACGUGGGUACCGGGAUACCCAUAAAAUUGAAAUGCCAAUAACUAAGGUAAUUUGCAACCGAUUUUGAUACUUUUGGGUGUUUUAAAUUCGGGCCCUCAUCCACUUUUAGACUUGAUAAAAAUGAAUCGGGUUACUUCAAUCGGUUCCCGGGAAUCCGGAUUUCCGGAAGCAUGUUCCUGUUCUGGGAUACUAUUUGUGAAUUUCAAUGGAAUACUAGCAAUAUGGGUAUCAAAAUUCUUGGAAAAAUAAAUAUCAUAAGAUUUGAAUGAAUAGGCCGAAGUGUAGUCAGGCAACUUCGGUUAUGUUACAGACAUUACCCAUCCAUCCAAGAUCAACAGUGAGUGAAAAAGUCUCAUAGACUGCAACCGCAUGGUUGUUAGAUCCUUCUGGAACACCACAUAUGGGCGGCGUUUGAGAACGGAUGGUGCGAUCCAUUAAAUAGGCCCUGUAUCAUUACCAUUCGUUCAUUGAAAUGUAUCCCACAAGAAUUAGCUGAGGAAGAAACUAUCACCCCAACCACUCCCUCCGUGGAGCCGUGGCGAGUACGGACGUGCGAAAGGAAAACUCUGGACCCCACCGAAGCUCAACAAAAUCAUCACAAGCGGUCAUAUCCAACUAAUUUUGGGAACUGUCUACUAGCUCUGGAUCAUCGACCAAAUUGGAUGGAUAACCGAAAGCUAUUGCAAAACUGGAGACCUGGUGUUUGUGUUUGAUGGGAAGAACAGGAAGCAUACAAGAAGUAGUAAGAGGAGCAGAUGGAAAGAUUUGUCAAGCAGAAAAUGCUUGAACUGCGCUGAAAAUCACCGACUUCUGAAUAAGGGCCAGUCGUCGAAAGCACCAUAGGAAACAUUGUCAGGGCCUCCAGCAACCUCAAAUACAACAGAUAGGAAGUUACUUUGUUCCAAAAAAUAUGUGAUUCGACACCGCAAACAACUUUGUGGAAGAUUCCAAGAACGUGGAAGAAUUGCUAAAAAAGUUAUCAUGAAAAACUAAUUUCAAGGGUUCAUCCAUACAACAAUUUUCCAUAACUCCAAAACUAUUGAAGUUAGAUAUAUGGUGUCUUCAGCAAUUUCUUUUUUAGUAAUAUUUUCUACAGCUUUGCUGAAGGCACAAAGUUUCUAUCUUAAUUAGUUCAGGAAAUAAAUUUCGUAUAUCACUUAUAGGUGAAUUAAUCACUGAAUAAUGUAUUCCUGUAGAUGCGCAAUCAUAAAGGCAAAAGCUUCUCCGAUCAAACUAUACUCAUAAAGUUAACGCUUUGGACGCUAUUGAUUUUGAGCACGAAAACGACGUUUUAAAACACGGUGAACUUCCCCGAUGAGCCAUUCAGCUCCCGAAUUUACUAAAAUCUUGGUCGUGAAAUACUCGGUCCAGUCCCCAACGAUGGUCUACUCCGACGGAGAAUUCCUCGGCGAGAGAGGUUCUCCCGAUACCGAUGUUCGUUUCCGUGAGCCAUUUAGCUCCCCGCUUUCACCUGAUGAUCUACUCGAUAUAGUCCCAGUGGGCAGUGGACCUAGCCUACUCACGAGCUACCCGGUAGGGUGCCGAGGUCGGUCCGGCGAUUCCGGUGGACCUAGUCUACACCGACGAAGAGUUCCCCGGCGGCGGAAUUUCUCGCGAAUCUCAAUUUGUGAUUUCACGGCGACUUUCUAGCUAAUGCAAUGGAGCUACUGUAUUGGUCCCUUUGCCACUGCCUCUGCAGCUAGGAGAGUAUACUCGUAAACACUCUGUUGACAGUGUCACAGGUGUGCUUGUCGUGGCAUAUCUUUUCAACGAUAUUGUCCACUGUCACCCCAGGCGUACCCCUACGAAUUUAGUCGAACCUAGGGCAUUCGAAGACCACGUGUUCUGGUGUCUCUUGCACGUUCACACACUCUGGGCAAAGGGAUGACGAUCCAAGUACUUCUGGAAGCAUCCGUAACCGGACAAAAACUGCGUCAAAUGGAAAUUAAACUCUCCAUGCUUCCUAUGCACCCAAACCACUCAUGUUGCCCCUUAACCAAGGAGUCCGCUUGGGCCAGUCUCCUUGCAUUCUUGCAUUACGUGCAUUUCUCCGCUGGUAGCAUUCUACGUCCUCAGCCAGAAUGAUGCCUCCGACGAUAUUUUUCUGUAACCACUCGCGAUACUCGAAAGGGGCAUUCCACAAUAGAUCUAAAUACUGGUCGUAGUGGUUCGUCUCCAACAAAUAAAAGCACUCGCGACUCGUACGACCAUCAGCCGGAAUGUCUUGUUCAGCUUUUCACGGUUCCGCUUGGUUUUCAACGCCGCACCCAGGCAGGAGGAACCCCAUACCGGAUUAGAAAAACAACAAUUAUGAGUAGGCCGGGUAAACAGCAAAGGUCGGUCACAGGGCUAGCAACGGCAGCUAAAGCUUGAGCUUGUGCGACCACCCCUGGCUGCUACUCCGUUAUCGAUCUGGACUAGCUGAAGUUGCACAGGAAAUAAGUAGAUAAUUGGGAGUAGCGAAACAUCUUUCAAUGUGCAACUCCUGGUAAUCCUCAUGUGUUUACUGAGCAAUACCGGCGCCGGCCAGGCCCGAACGUAGAUCGCGGAAGGAAAGGGAAGGAAUGGUUAGUCCGAUACUUGUUUUUGCUAGAGGCCGUAUAUCAACUCAUGGACCGGGGACCAACGACUGUACUUCCCUUCCGAAGGAAGACGUUACCACAGAUUUUUUUUCGCCUAAGAAAAAUCUUAACGACCUCGGCUGGAAUUGAGCCCAGGCCAACUAAAACGAGUGGGUUAGCAACGGGAGCUAAAGAGGAAAAACACGAAGUUGAAUAAAAUCGAGAUAUUGUUGUCUGGAGAAAUUUCUCCGCCGAUGAUCUCUCCGUCGGAGUGGCUGGUAGCUGAAUGGCUCUCGAAUAUUGACAUUAGCAUCGGGAGAAAUACCGCCGCCGUGGAACUAUCAGUACCAGCAGGUAGAUAAAUAGGAACGAGUAGUGCCAAGAAGGAUAAGAGACCCUGGUGGUUGGUAAAGUGAUGUGAUGGUCAUUAUGGUCGACACCUCCGGAUCGGUUCGUGCUUCAACAGGUAACCUUGCAACAGACCUGAGCAAAUCAGUUACACCGCGAAGGUUGGAGACAGUAAACAAGAAAAAGAAACAACGGAAAAAAAACAUGAACGAUUAACACAAAAAUAAAAAGAGCAAGGGUAUCCCUGCUGAAGUAGUACCUAACGAUGGCCCCAGAUGGAUGAGGAAUUCGAGAUGGAAGAGGUGUAGGUUUAGCCGGUAGGCUUAACUAGUACAAACCAAUCGGACUCUAUCAUGAGUCAGCAGGCAGCUGUGUAUUGAAGAUUUCUUCUUGAUAACAGACUGUUACCCAAUCUGUUGAAUUGAGUUGAUUGGUACACAAGACUCGGCCCUCCAGAUCUUGGAAAAAAUCUUCAAAAUUUUAGGGUUUCCAUACCUUUCUUUUAAAAGAAAUGAAAAAAAAUCCAAACCCUCCCCUUGCGAAUUUUCUCGCGCGGGCCUGGGUUUGAUAGACAGGUAGGGGAGGCCGGGGCUAGUUGGCGAUGUUUUCAGUUUUCAUUUUUUUAUCGCUUUGAUUGUGGUAGAUCUUACAAAAUAGAACACGUUGCAUAAAAGGGCAGACUGUUGGCAACAUCUCUGAAAUUUAUGAAAAUGUUUGAUACGUUGUCUUCAUUUCUAGAGAAAAAAUAUGUGACGCGGAAAAGCCGCCAACUUGCCCCAGCACCAGGGUAAGAUUGUCUUUUCACAAAAACUGUAUAUUAUUCGACACUUCAUUAUAUUUCUGUCUCAAUAUCCCGAUAUUUUGACUUCGAUGCAUACUCCAUAUUCAAAAGCGAAUUUUCGAAAUUCUUCAGACGAUUGGCCGAAAUUAUUGUCUCCUGUAGUGACGAGAGACACAAGAAACAGCUUCUCUUACUUUGGAGUGAAUUCCAGAAAUUAAAAUAUUUGAUGACUAUUUCUGCACUGUAAAUAGUACCGCCAACUUACCCCAACCGCAUAUUUUAUAAAAAAGUGUUUAAAAAAUUACUUUUUUGUAUGGAUAUGUGUUAUAUCUAUACGGAUACAGAAAGCUCUUUUCACACGAUAUCGAAAAAUAUAAUCAUUCGGGUAAUAGAUUGAAAACCACCUUAAUAACACAAAAUGUUUAAAAUUAAGAAAAUUUACAAAGUGCGCUCAAAAACACAAUAUCGCCCACAGCUUCUACAAAACAAAAUGUUUUGCAUCAAAAACACAUUGGAUAAUGCGUUUCACAUUACUGGAGGUUCACAACGAGAGACAGCGCUUUAUAUCUAAUAGAAACGGAGAAAAGGGGAUUCCGCCAACUUACCCCAACCGCCAACUAGCCCCGGGCUCCCCUACUUGUGCUUUGGUGAGCUAUAACGUUGCUGCUGUCUUGAAGAGAAUUGCGGGUAUCACUUACAUAUUUAAAAACUUUUAAAAAUAAUUCAUGAACCUUGUUCUUAUCUCAUUACGAGCAAGAUGAGAGUCAAACAGGUGUGUGUCACACGAUAGAAAACUCGCUGUAAUCCCACGAUGGCCACAUUCUCUAUGUGGUUGAACCGCCGAAGAGGUACACUCAGAAGAAUGUUGCUAUGCAACGCCCUAGUUCUUGCUUAGACGUUUACUUAGACGAUCAAGGCUUGAUAAUCGAUGCGCGCUGACAACAUAUCGGUGACAACCAGAGUACUUGCUGUGUCCCUACGGUGGAUAGCAUUUGUAGCUGUCUCAGGGCGUUGAAUACCUUCAAUUCAGUCGCAACCGUUCAUAUAGUGCAGGCUCCAGAUCGUCGAACAAUACUCUGGAGACAACCGGGCUAGAGAACAGUACAGAUUUUUAGGUAGUAUAUAUCCGUAAAUGAUUUGGCAGUACGGAAGAUGAACUCCAGCUGUCGUGAUUCAGCGACUUUUGGAUAUUAGAUUCUAGAAAACCUAAGUUCACCCAACUCUGAACACAAUCAUUGAUAUGGUAUUUGAAUUUUGUUGGAUCCUUAGAACGAUGAAAAAUCAUUACCGUACAAAUAGAGAUAUUGACGACUAGCCUAUUCAGUUCACAUUCGACAAAUACAUCGAGCAACGCCUGCAACUGAAUGAAGUCUACUACGGAAGUUACGGCACAUUAUAUUCGAGCCUCUAGGAAAACAAAUAUUUCACUCUUUUACAUGUUUGAUUCGAUUACCACCUGUGCGGCAAAAUUUGGCACUAACGCCUCUCAAAAAAAGACUUAGAUAUUUCUGAUAAACUACACCGAAGGUUCCCUAAAUCACUAGAACGCUAGUUCGAGUAACUCAUUUAGUCGUUCUACAUAGCAUCUGUGGUGCACUGUGCUGUGACAAGUCAUCGCCCAUGUGGAGAUAAUUUACACAUAGUUUGCCACAGAUGGUGAUAAUAGCUGAUGCGGUUGAAAUGAGUGGGCACCCAACUAUCUCGUACACCAAAAAUAGCUUUUUGUAAAAGUGUCACGGUGGUGUGGCAAUUCAGAGGGAAAAGGCGCUAAGGCUAAGGCUCUGGUGUCAUGAGACAUUAUAACAGACUCCAGGCAGGAAGGAUUAUUAUUGGUCGGUAGGAUCGUAGCAUUGUGUCAUGUACACCAAUAGAGUGUCACGUCCUGUUUGGAGAUGUUGUCACGAAAAGCUUGAUUCCUUUCAAAUUUCGGUAGAUGCCGGAUCAGGGACGGAGAAUUCUGUGUAACCUUUAACAAUCGGAUGCGAAGUCUGUCGAACCAGAAGGUAAACCUCUAGCAGCGAAAUAUUAGUAGUAUUCCAAAGUUUUGCGUUUUUGCUUUUACUGGCUAGGAAUCGUGACUCUGGUCGCUUCACUAUAUGCCCCAGCCCCGUAAACAAAAAACGAAUCUUCCCCAAAAUAAUAUUAAUUAAUCACAAAAUAUGUGUCAACUGAACCCAAGCUAAGUCUGAUAUACUAAAGAAAUACAGAGGAGCCUUUCGGAAGGAAUAUGCCUUAAUCCAUAUCAGUAAAGGUCAUGGCCUGUGUAUUAUGUCACAACCAUAAAGAACCACACGCCGCCGGAAAUUCGGACGAGCGAUACAAUGAAAAGACGCAUAUAAAGUAGAAAAUUUCGUUAACAGACCGCAGGUCGUACAGGUAAGCUUGAAAGUUCAUAACUCUUUGAACUGGUUACGGUAUAGUCCCGUUUACCUAAAAGAACAGAAUAGGACGAGCAGGGGUAUGCCGUGAUUGGUAAAAAGUGUGUAAAUAUGUAUACAAAUAACCCUAUUAUCGAUGAAACAGAUCGGGAGUAGACAUGCCAAUAGCGCCUCGUGACCAAUUUAACCUAAACAAAAGUGUGCGUUUGCGUGUGUGAGUAUGUUAAGAGUAAAAACAAAUAAAGCAAAUUAAAAAAAUACAUUUUAAUAGUAACUCUGUCAUAAAAAAUUAACAGGUAUAUAGUUAGUAUAUUUGAGAAGUUGAAGCAAAAUAUCGGAUAGAUGAAACUUGAAUGAACGAGUAGAAUUGGGUUGAUCAAAAAAAAACAAAACAAACAGCUGUUAUGGCGAGUAUAUCUCAUAAUAUUAGGUAACACCAGAAAUCAGUACUAAUAAAGUGUACUAUUUAAAAAAGAAUAUUAUCAUUUAGUGAACCAUACUAAAUUCUUAAACAAAAAAAAACAUUCGCAUAAUUAACUCACGUUUACACAAAGCGUGUGGAAAUGAAAACAAUAUAUUAUAAGCUAGUUAGUUCAAUUGAAUAAAAUGACAGGAAAACAAAUUAAAAAUAACAUACGUUUCUUAGUGUAGCGAGCGGGGAAGAAGUAACAGUUUAGUUGUAAUUUUAGCGACCAAUAAGUAAGAAACCAACUAUUAUCAUCGUGUAUGUACUCUUUUUAGUCGUAUUAUAUAAUUAACUUAGUUGAAGAGGAAUAAAAAAAACAAAUGGUAUAGGCAACACAAAUAAAUGUAUAACAAACAUAAACAAACAAGUAUCUCUAGGCAAGGCAGAAUGGAACUUUAUUGAACCUAUGUAAAAGAUAGAGUAAAAUCAUUUAAUAGACGCUAAAGUAAAUUAAUUGAACAAAUGUUUUUAUUUAGUUGAAUGCAGUUGUUUUUCUUGCUUAGUUUUAAUUGCACCCUUACUUUUUGCUCUGUUUUAUUAUUGAACUUGAAAUAAGAGUAUCAAUCUAGGAAAAAAAUAUUAUUUAAAUGCAAACAAAUUAUAACGAAAUAAAAUUUUGGAGGGAAGCU